AUGAAUGACCGAAAAAAGAGAAUCAUGAAUAGGAACAAAAGCCAAAUUUAUGACUCUUCCUCCAUUCACAUGGAAAACUCCCCUCCCAAAUCCAUUCCCAAGAGGAUUUAUCAAGUUUGGAAGGGAAAUAAUAAAUUUUGUUGUGGUGGGAGAAUGAUUUUUGGCCCCGAUGCAUCAUCACUUUUCUUAACUUCGUUUCUGAUUGGAUGUCCUGCAAUAGCAUUCUGCACAAAGAUGGUGGUGAAUAUCACGCACGACGAUCCAGUUUUUAACUAUCAAAUGUUGCUGGGGGGGCUCAUCCUCACUGUUUUGGAUUUAGGUUUUCUAUUUCUGACAAGUAGUAGAGACCCGGGAAUAAUACCUAGAAAUUCACUGCCACCUGAAUCGUCGUCCGAUGAAGUAAAUUAUCUGUCCAAGAAUCCAUCAUUGGACUGGGUGAUGAGUAGUAAAACUCCAAACCUCCGAAUGCCAAAGAUUAAGGAUGUAAUAUUGGUGAAUGGUAAAACGGUUAAGGUCAAGUUUUGUGACACAUGCCUGUUAUAUCGUUCGCCGCGUGCAUCUCAUUGCUCCAUUUGCAACAAUUGUGUCCAGAGGUUCGACCACCAUUGCCCAUGGGUGGGUCAAUGCAUCGGACUACGCAACUACCCUUUCUUCAUUUCUUUUAUAUCAUCAUCCACUGCCUUGUGCAUAUAUGUGUUCUUGUGCUCUUGGCUGAACAUUCUUCGACAAGACUGCGGCUUGUGGGAUGCCAUGUCUCGUGAUAUACUGUCAGUUAUUCUCAUUGUGUAUUGCUUCAUAGCCAUCUGGUUUGUUGGUGGCCUAACAGUUUUCCAUUUCUAUCUCAUUUGCACUAACCAGACAACCUAUGAGAAUUUUCGGUACCGGUACGACAAGAAGGAAAAUCCCUUUAACAAAGGCAUAUUAAACAAUUUCAAAGAAGUGCUACUUUCAAAGAUCCCACCUUCAAUGAUCAAUUUUCGGGCAUGGAUUUCAGAAGAUGACAACCUUUCCAACGGGGAUUGCAUUGCUUCGAAAGAGAAUUUAGACAUAGAAAAGGGGAACAUCGAUAGUGUUGCAGUUCCGAACCUUUCGCAGAGGAUCGACUAUGAUGGUUUUGAUAAUAGUUUGAAGGGGAAGGGCGGAGCAUUUGAUGAUCCACCUAAUAAUUCCUUUUCAAUUUCCAACAACCAAAAUUUUCACAAAUCAAACGAAUUUGUUAUAGCGUAA